ACCAGGGACUAUGAGAGCUGCAGUGCCUGGGCUGGGCUGGGGCCAUGGCCACAGUGCCCUGGCAACUGGCAUGUAGAAGCAGUGACCCCUGGGUGGCAUUGAGCAGUGUCCAAGGGCUUGCGCUCCCCCAGCACCAGCCCCUGCAGCCCCAAAUAUAUUUAGAAAAAUGCCCAGACCAAAAAUAGAGAGAAAAAGUUUCCCUAGUGGCUGUUUCAUCUGCCAGUCACAACAAAAGCCAAUGGGGCAUGCAGCUGCUUCAUGCCCCAAUAACCCCAUGCCCGCUGUCGGGUGGACAGACGAACAGAGCCAGCUGGACCUGCCUGCACCCCGCUGAGGAGCCAGGGACCAGCCAGGAAGGGGCCUCGCAGCAUCCCACAUUGCCCCACCAAGGGGAGCCGACAGGACAGCGCAGGAGCACCAGGCUCUGCCCCACGCGCCUGUCAACGGUGAGGGGUCCCCAUGCUGGAUCACCACUGUGGCGUCCCCCACAGUGCUCCCAGCAUGGCGGGGGCUGCUUUCUGCCAGAGGUCUUUGCUCCCACUGCCCUCCCCACAACAGGUUAGGGGGCCCCAUGGGCUGCAGGGUGGGGAUACUCCAGGGACAGCCCCGGGUUGAGUCCCUGCACACCCACCCAGCCGGGGGAUGGGGUGGCGGUUUGGCAGGUUGUGGGGUGGCGGUGUCUGGAGGGCAGCUGUCUUGCAGGGCAACGCGGCGUGUGCCAUGGGGGAUUGGAGCCUGCUGGGGCGGCUGCUGGAGAGCACCCAGGAGCACUCCACAGUGGUGGGGAAGGUCUGGCUCACCGUCCUCUUCGUCUUCCGCAUCCUGGUGCUGGGGGCGGCUGCUGAGCGGGUCUGGGGUGAUGAGCUGUCUGGCUUCUCCUGUGAUACGCAGCAGCCUGGCUGCCAGAACGCCUGCUAUGACAGCACCUUCCCUAUCUCCCACCUCCGCUUCUGGGUACUGCAGAUCAUCUUCGUCUCUACCCCAAGCCUUGUGUACCUGGGACACAUCUUGCACCUGGUGCAUCUGGAGGAGAAGGCGCAGCAACAAGCAGUGGUACAGGCCAGCAGUGGGGCCAGGCAGCAGCGUGCCAGGCAGCCCCAGCUCCCUGCGGGGGACACACGGGGACGGGUCUGCAUGCGGGGGGCCAUCCUGAGGACGUAUAUCUGCAAUGUUGUCUUCAAGGCUCUUUUGGAAGUGGGCUUCAUUGUGGGCCAGUACGCCUUGUAUGGGUUCCAGCUAAAGCCCCUCUACACCUGCAGCCGCUGGCCCUGCCCCAACACUGUCAACUGCUACAUCUCCCGGCCCACUGAGAAGACCAUCUUCAUCCUCUUCAUGCUGGGGGUGGCCUGCGUGUCUCUGUUGCUCAACCUGGUGGAGAUCUACCACCUGGGUCUCACCAAGUGCCGGCAACGGCCAGGCCCCAAGUCCCGCAUCCUGCCCAGUCCCGGUGGCCCUGCGGGGCCCCACAGCACCAGUGUCAUCCUGCCCAGCAGUGGCAGCCCCAUGGCUGCUGGCAGGCCCCCCCAUGGCCUGGCACCCCUGGGGAAGGCAGAUGCAUGGCUAGGGGUGGCCAGUGGGUCCCAUGGGAAGGUGCGCGCAGCAGACCUGGCAGUGUGACUGUGGCCUGCUGGGACGCUCAGGGAUGGGUGAUGUAUAGGCAGCCACAGUUGUGGUUGUCUCUGGGUCCUGCCAGGCAUGGACCACACAGCCAGCACGAGAUGGGAAUGGAUGUCGGGACACAGCUCAGCUCCUUGUUGUGCUCCUGGGAGCAGCAGGGCUGAAAGGAGGGCGGGGCUGGAGCAUCAGCCCAGGUGGAGCAAAUAAACACCCACUGCACCUCA